AAAUUAUCGAUGAUGCAUUUAAUUUAAUGAUAACAGGCGAACUCACAGGCGUUGUAUUCUGGAAUGUCAUACUUUAUUUGCAAAAAGAGGAAGAUUAUAUACCAUGGUAUCCUAUGUUAAAGCUCUGGAAUACUUGUCCAGUACUUUUAUAAUGUUGAAAGAACAAAUUAAGAAUUUUACGUCUGAAGUAAGACAAAUAUUACACGAGAUACUUAAAAGAAUCAAAUAUGAAGAAAUUGAUGAUACAGACAAACUCAGAAUACGUUUACGACAAGAAGCUGCAAGAUGGGCAUGUUUUUUCGAUGACAUCACUUGUAAGAGAGUAGCCAAUAAUAAAUUAACACAACAUCUCCAAGAUCCUGCAAAAUACAAACUUUUGCCAUGGUGGAAGGAAUGGACAUAUUGUAAAGGUUUGAUGAUAACUACCAUAAACAACACCACAUGGGAAUUAGUGUAUACUAAAGGAUUGAAAAAAUCUGACUCUAAAUUUUUAGAAUACUUGACUUGCUCCGAAGAUAUUAAUCUCAUCAAAAAGUAUUUAACACUUAAACAAAAUAUUUCUACAGCACAGAAAUAUCCAAAUUCUUUUAACAGUUUCUUACAUAUUAUUACGAAGCAUACAAAGAAUCCAACUAUACUGAAAUACAUAUUAGAUAAUUUUCACGAAAUAAAACCAAAAAAUGUUAGUAUAACUGCAGCAUUAAUUACUAUUAUUAACAACGUAUAUUCUGUAAAUCAAACUGAGGAAAUAAACAAAUACGUUCAAAGGGUAAAGGCCGAAGCAUUUCUAUUAGAUAAAAUGAGAAACACAAAAUAUUUUAGAAGUUUUCACUUAGAAAAGAUUUACAUAGGGCGGAUUUCUGACAAAAUUGAAAGCCAUAUAUCAAUUCGCAACCGUCAAAUCGAAAGACUGAGAAAGAAUUUUGAUAACUUUUUCUUCUGGUGGAAAAAUUUUAAUUAAAAAGAUUGCAGCUUUGCAUGGGCGGUUAUACUACAUAUAAAUAAUUUUUUUAUAUUGUUUCGAAAAAAGCGAGAGAAGGCAUGAAACUUGGUGCUACAAGAAUAAAAGAAUUGUCAAGGCUAUAAUUGUGUAAUAUG